AUGGGGCAAUAUCGACAACUAUGGGAGCCAUCGCAAACAAACACAGGAACCUGCUCUGGCCUGUGUAGACAAAAGAGCCUGGUCAAGACCUUCCCGGCUACCGUCAAUGCUGUCUUUGCACUGGCUUCCUGGUUUGCCCCUGGGCCCAGCACGGAAGAAAACAAAGUCAGGGCCAGUGGUUUCUUCAACAUGACUCAAAAGUUUGAUCUGCUCGAGAUCAUCGACGAAGAGGUUGGUAUCGAGUCAGUCCAGCUGCUUCUGCUUAUGGGCUUCUAUCUCCAGAGCACAGAGCGGUUCUCAAAAUGUUGGAACAUCACUGGUCUGGCUAUCAGGAUGGCACAGAACAUGAGCUUGCAUAUGAGUGCACACGAUGCUCGGAAGAAGGGGCUAUUGCUGUGUUGCCCCAGUCAGUUGGAGGAAGAAAUGCGUGUAAGAGUCUGGUAUGGUUGUGUGCUUUUGGAUCGAGAAAUCUCCAUGUCGUUUGGCAGGCCACUCAUGAUAUCUGGAGGUGACCAGCUGAGGCUUCCGGAGGCCAUUGAUGACGAGUACCUAUCUGAGGUUGGGGGCAAACGAAAUACUCAGCCAAGCAACUGUCCCAGUCAAAUCUCUUCCUACAUCGAGACCAUCAAGCUCUACAAGUUUCUUGGUCAAGUGUUGGACAGAGAGGAGGAUGGGGCGGAAACCCCAACAAACACCUGCUCCGACAUGCAGGCCUUGCUUGAUCUGGACACCAGGAUCAUGGAAUGGCGAGAUGCACUGCCUGGACACCUUCAGUAUGAUAACAUUGCAGAGAAUGGACAGCAGGACCUCGCUUCGACCCCAGGGAGCCUCUCUUCGCCGGACUUUUCAGGGCAAGCAAGGCGGCUCUACACACGAUUUCUACACGUCAGAGUUCUCAUACUGAGACCGGCACUCGAACAAUUCUUCCAAAAGCAACGACAUACACCAGCCAUUCCGCAAGCAAGGGGCAAUCCGAGGGUUGCGCGGGUACAAGACCUCAUGCUGUCGGACAUUGCGGCACAAUGUGUGCUCUCAGCAGAUUCUCUUGUCAAGUGUCUGGACAUUCACAUUCGCAGCCAAAGUCUUGCGGCUUGGUGGUACAACAUAAGCUACCUCCAUACGUGUGGCAGCACCCUCUUGAUGGGCCUGCUAUGCUCUUUCAACGAAUCUGUCGUCAGGCGUGACUCACUCGAGCUCUGCCUUCGUCGCCUCUCACAGUAUACGGUGCUGAGCAGCAUCGCAACCAAAUCCUACCACCUCUUGCAAGAAAGUUCGAAGCGCCUUCUCCCGGAGAGGGGUGCCUCCAAUAUACAGACACCUUCUUGCUCCGCGGUAGGCAACAUGGCACGAGCACCCGACCCAGACCCAGCCACCCACCUUGGUCAGCCGAUGACACCUGCUGGCAUGGCGCCUCCAACCUCGGUUGAGGCUGGGACGUAUAUGCAGUAUUCAAGUCUUCUCCUCGCGCCUCACAGGAUAUACGCCUGUCCACAACAAACGACGUCCAGCAGCAACCUGUUGCCAUCGGCACUUGACCCUCUGCUUGCAGGUUCUGCAGACAUGAUGAAUGAUGGUGGUGGUGGCUUUGAGAAUGUGCCGGAGUUCUGGGAGACACCUUUUCUUUCUCAGUUGGAGUUUUACCAACCUCAUGAUUUCACCCUCUCGCAGCUUGAGUAA